UCCGAGGGGAAGGCACUGGAAUCCUUUUCCUCAGCUUCCCGGAAGCGGCUUUUCAAGAUCCAGAAAAAUGGCGACUUUGUCGGUGUGUCAGCCUCAGUUCGGCGGUUUCAGUUUCGACUAUUGUAAGAGGAAUGCUGUGUUUGAGGCGGAGGUAACAAAGCUCGGCUGCAGUGUUCCUGGUGCCCGAAAAACCGGAACCACGAUCUGUGGCGUUGUUUACAAGGAUGGGGUCGUUCUGGGGGCAGACACUCGGGCCACAGAGGGCAUGGUCGUGGCUGACAAGAACUGUUCCAAAAUCCACUACAUCUCCCCCAACAUGUACUGCUGUGGAGCGGGCACGGCUGCAGACACGGAGAUGACCACGCAGAUCAUCUCCUCCAACCUGGAGCUGCACUCCCUGUCCACCGGCCGCCUGCCCCGCGUGGCCACCGCCAACCGCAUGCUGAAGCAGAUGCUCUUCAGGUAUCAGGGGUACAUCGGAGCAGCUCUGGUCCUGGGGGGUGUGGACUGCCUGGGCCCCCACCUCUACAGCAUCUACCCCCACGGCUCCACUGACAAGCUGCCCUACGUCACCAUGGGCUCCGGUUCUCUUGCUGCUAUGGCGGUGUUUGAGGACAGAUACCAGCCAGACAUGGAGGAGGAAGACGCUAAGCGGCUGGUGAGGGAUGCCAUAGCAGCAGGUAUCUUUAAUGACCUGGGCUCCGGCAGUAACAUCGACCUGUGUGUGAUCACCAAGGGCAACGUGGACUACCUGCGCCCCCACGACGAGGCCAACAAGAAGGGAGUCAGAGCCGGGAGCUACAGAUACAAGCAUGGCACCACGGGCGUCCUCAACAAAACCGUCACCUCCCUCCCCUUGGAGGUGGUGGAGGAGACCGUCCAGACCAUGGACACGUCCUGAGUAUCGGGUCCGUCUCCCCCCCCCCCCCCCCCCUCCAUUCCUGGCCCUACCUCCAACCUCCGUCACCACCCUUACCUCCACCCUGUUCCAUCCUCCUCCUCCUCCUCCUGUGUGUCAGGCCCUUCACAUGCUUUACAAUAAAGACUUGUUUCAUGAA